ACCCUUUUGUAUCUAAACCAAACUUAUUAUCAUUAUUAUUCAGAACAUGGCUACUAUCUUUGGUUCACCACCAUUUUUGUCACUCCCUCUUAACAGAACCACUCAUCAAAUUGCUUCUUCUUCUUCAUCAUCACAAACACCUCCUCCCCCACAACAACCUCAGCCCUCAGAUUCAUCCCCACAGUCAACAACAAAUUUGAGUGAAGAGUCAGUGCAAGUCUCUGUCAAAGCACAGCAGCAGAAGCCUAUUAAACCAGUAACUUCAUCAACUAAGGUUGAUUCCACAGAUUGGAUAGCCACUUCCUUGACAAAAAGGUUUGGACUUGGAGCUGGUCUUGCAUGGGUUGGUUUUCUUGCAUUUGGUGUUAUCUCAGAACAAAUUAAGACUCGUCUUGAGGUUUCUCAACAAGAAGCAAAUACAAGGAAUGUUGAAGAGGAGAAAGAGGUGACUCUGCCUAAUGGCAUAAGGUAUUAUGAAUUGAAAAUCGGCGGAGGCGCUUCGCCAAGGCAAGGUGAUUUGGUUGUGAUUGAUAUAAUGGGAAAAGUUGAAAGCACAGGAGAAGUAUUUGUGAACACAUUUGAAGGGGAGAAGAAGCCAUUGGCACUAGUAAUGGGUUCAAGACCAUAUAGUAAGGGAGUAUGUGAAGGGAUAGAAUAUGUACUAAAAACUAUGAAAGCAGGAGGCAUGAGGAAAGUAAUUGUGCCUCCUGAAUUGGGAUUUAGAGAGAAUGGUGCUGAUUUGGGCUCUGGUGUUCAAAUUCCUCCACUUGCUACACUUGAAUACAUUGUAGAGGUUGAUAAAGUGUCCAUUGCACCUGCUUGAUGAUUGAUAAUUAAAUGUACAUUACAGUGCUAAGUAUCAUUCACAAUUCCUUAAGCAAUAAUGCAGGGUGCUUUGGAUUUAUUACUGUAUCAUAUGAAAAUAUCUAUGAAGCAAAGAUACUCACACAACCCUGACA